UAGAAUGUGUUACAUAAAACAUAUUUUCCUCUUGGCUUUAUUGAGAAAAUUCUGUAGUUUGUAACAUGUUUGUAAGAUAUUUGUAAGAUAUUUUCUUCAACGGCCGUUUUUUCUACAGAUACAGUAAAUAGGUGUUGUACGAAAACGCGAUAUUUUGGCAAAAUCGUAUUCUAUAUCGAUGAUAUCAGAAUCCGAAAACAUUUUUGGGACACUCCCCCCCCAAAAAAAAACACCCAGACAUCGGUGGGGUGCACGUGUUGUGCCUACAUCGAUAUUUAUGUAUAUAUGCGUAAAUUACGACGAGGUCGACUUUGCCUUUAAUAUCUUUGCUGGGGCGGGACACAAUAAAAUAAAUACUAGUUGUCUACUGAGGUCAAGGUAAGCGACUUAGCCCCCCCCCAACACCUCCGCCGAUAUUGCUGGCGUUGUGCCAAAAUUUGAAACCAAUAUUUCAUACGCAUGCGCACUAAACGUACGUACGCCCCUAUUCAUUACGUUACGACAAACAUUUGAUGUCUGGUGCCAGAAUUUCUCUCAAUUCACUCCCAAACACAUUUGUAAUAUAUUUCUCAACCACCUGACGCACUUCCAACAACAACACCAUCCUUUAUAAAGACAUUUCCGUGGAGAAAUGUUCUUAAAAUAAACUCCAACCACAGAAAUGCUGAGAAUCCAAUGCUUUAUUAUAAUUUAUCGAACCCUUGUUUCUUGAUAUAAGAAUAUCAGAUGACAUUGGCAUAACUGAAGAUACAUUCUCAUUAUUUAUCAGCUUUUUAAAGACCAAAAUGGAAAUAUUGUACAGAACAGAUAUAUAAGAUUGUUUCUAUAAAUCUGUGGUGGAAUUCCUCUGAUAUAUUUACUCUGAAAUGUGUUAUUAGCAAACCUUCUGGACAUCACUGGCUGGAGUGUCUACAAGAUGAGCCUGUUUGCAGAUUGAAUGUGGAUAAAUUUAGUUGUUUUGUGACAAAGGUAACAGUGGCCAGAAAUACAACAGUUGAAAUAUUUGUAAACAAAAGACUAUAGAAGCAAAAAGAAUAAAAAAGAACGUAUAUUGUGAAGUUGAAGGAAAAAUAAUGGAAAAGAGUGAGAAAGUGAAGGAACAGAUUUUACCAGAAGUUAGCAAAAAAGAGAGACAAAAAUUGUCACAUGACUGUGAUGUGUGUAAAAAGUCUUUCUCAAGUAAAUGUAACUUAAAUAGUCACAAACGUAUUCAUACAGGAGAGAAGCCAUUUCACUGUGAAAUCUGUGGUAAAUCAUUCUCUCAAAGUGGCAACUUAGCUAAACAUAAACGUAUUCAUACAGGAGAGAAGCCAUAUUCCUGUAAUAUCUGUGGCAAAUUAUUUUCUGAUAAAAGUGCUCUAACUCAACAUAAACGUAUUCAUACAGGAGAGUCACCAUAUCAUUGUAGUGUCUGUGGUACAAGAUUCUCUGACCAAAGUGUUUUAAAUAAUCACCAGCAUUGUCAUACAGGAGAGAAGCCAUUUCAAUGUGACAUCUGUGGUAAAUCAUUCUCUCAAAGAAGUGCUUUAACUAAUCACAAGCGUAUUCAUACAGGGAAGAAGCCAUAUUCCUGUAAUAUCUGUGGUAAAUUAUAUCCUGGUAAAAGUGCUCUAACUUAUCAUAAACGUAUUCAUACAGGAGAGUCACCAUAUCCUUGUGAUAUCUGUGGUAAAUCAUUCACCAUGAGUUCUAACUUAACUGGACACAGACGUAUUCAUACAGGAGAAACACCAUAUUCUUGUGAUAUCUGUGGUAAAUUAUUCUCUGAAAAUAUUUAUUUGACUUUACACAAACGUAUUCAUACAGGAGAGACACUAUUUCACUGUGAAAUCUGUGGUAAAUCAUUCUCUCAAAGUGGCAACUUAGCUAAACAUAAACGUAUUCAUACAGGAGAGACACCAUAUUCUUGUGAUGUCUGUAAUAAAUCUUUCUCUACCAGUAGUAACCUAAUGACCCAUAAACGUAUUCAUACAGGAGAGACACCAUAUUCUUGUGAUAUCUGUGGAAGGUCAUUUACUCAACAUAGCAGCUUAACUUCUCACAAAUGUGUUCAUAAGGGGAAGAAGCAAUCCCACUAAUAUUUAAACUAAAUCAUAAUCUCUAAGGGGUUACUGAAACCCUUUACCAUGUACGUUAUUCUGUCGAAUGUGAUGUUUAUAUAUUCACAUUAUUUUCAAUUUGCCAUCCAAAGGUUUAGUAAAAUUCUAUCAAUUAGAAAAAAGAUAUUUAAUUUUAAUUCUCAAAUUUUUAUCAAUUUUUGCGUGAUAUUAAAGGGACACUACUCAUAUAUGAACUUAGGCGCACACACACAGACACAGGAGACAAAAGACAAUACAAAGAGUUUUCAAAUUGAGUAAACAGGAGUAGUUGUGUGGUAAGUAGCUUGCUUCCCUUUGUCGGAGACGGACGUGUUUGUUUUUGGCAGAGAGUUCUUGCUGCUUGAUGUCACGUCUUUCGUCGUGAAAUAUUGAACUUUGAGGCUCGACUACAGGUAGGCGUUUGUCGUAUAUUUUGAGGGUUUAGUGGAGUUUGUUGCCCUGUAUUUAAUAUUUUUUGGUGAGUAAUAGACUCCAAUCUGCUCCAGACAUUUGCCUGCCUGUGGCCGCCUAUAAAGACUCACUUUGCAGUGAGAAUUGUGUUUUCGAGGAGGCAUAGCCCCUCCGCAAAAAUUAAUUUCUUUGCGAAAAUUAUCUUCGUGUCUGUGGAUUACCAAGGAGUACCAAGGCAGGAAGGACUGUUUUUGCAAGGUGGACGUGAGUGUUUUGGCUCUGGCCAAUUACAAGAAAAAAGAACAAAAACAGAGAAGGUUGUCGAGGCCAGUGAUUUUGUUUUAUCUGAGCUGGGUGUAAUUUGUUAUAUUGUUAUUCUUUGUUAACAAAUUUCGCCUGCUCUCGGUGGCUGCUGUUUUGUGAAUUUAGUGGGAAUAUUUUGGAUUCAUAAAAAAAACAAAAACAGUGGAGGGACGUAUCCUCACCCGAAUGAUUAGAACCUGUUACAGUUACCGUUGGCUGUAGCCAGUAUUGUGUUUGGAUUUCUUUUACCAAUUACGGGUAAAGACGAUUCAUACCAAGGAACCUAUGUACAUUUGGCCAGGAGUACCUUUUCGGCCGAAAAUUAAUUUAUUUCUUUGCCUGGAUUUGAACUCUCUUCUUCAAAGCUUUCGUUUAUUUAAAAGAAUAAAAGAACUCUUUUUUGAACUGUUAUUUUUUAUUUUAUUUCUUCCCUUCUUCUUUUUUUGUGUCUUAUUUUAUUUUCUUACAUUUUGAACUGUAAUUGAACUUUGUGUUGAAAUGGCAAAGGAAUUUCUUGUGUGGGACUUGACAGCUCCCAAAAAAUGGUGAAAAGAGCUUCAAAGGAAGACGGUGGUGUUGAGGACUUACUCAAAGUCACUGACUGAAACAAGUAAAAGAGUAAAGAGUAUAUAAUUGCCAUUAGUGUUCUGAUAAAUAAAACAGAAGCCUGUGUAUGAAACUGGUCUUUUUCCUA